UGGACCCACACAUGGAGAUUCAGCUGCCCUCUGACUUCCAGCCAUGACCAUCACCACCAACCACCAUUUCUUGAGCAUCUUCUCUGUGCUGGGCAUUAUUCUGGACAUUGUGGGUGGAUUCAAAAGAGAUAAAAGGCACAGUCCUUGUCCUCAAGCAGCUUGUAAUUUAAUUUGGGAGCCGAAACCCACUCAAAUGAAGCGGCAUAAAAACAGUAACAAGCAGUAUUCCACUAGAAUGGGUACUAGGAAAAAAGUUCAUGCAUUUGUCCGUGUCAAACCCACCGAUGACUUUGCUCAUGACAUGAUCAAAUAUGGAGAUGACAGCAAAAGCAUUGAUAUUCACUUAAAAAAAGACACUCGGAGAGGAGUUGUCAAUAACCAGCAGACAAACUGGUCAUUCAAGCUGGAUGGAGUUCUCCAUGAUGCCUCCCAGGACCUGGUUUAUGAGACAGUUGCGAAGGAUGUGGUUUCUCAGGCUCUCGAUGGUUAUAAUGGUAAUUUUGUUGUUUUUAGGAUGAUUGAAGAACGUCCCACACAUGCCAUCACUGUGCGUGUUUCCUACCUGGAAAUCUAUAAUGAGAGCCUGUUUGAUCUCCUGUCCACUCUGCCCUAUGUUGGACCCUCAGUCACACCAAUGACCAUCGUGGAAAACUCUCAAGGGGUCUUCAUUAAGGGCUUGUCGGUCCACCUCACAAGUCAGGAGGAGGAUGCAUUCAGCCUCCUCUUUGAGGGAGAGACCAACAGGAUUAUAGCCUCCCACACAAUGAACAAAAACUCUUCCAGAUCACACUGCAUUUUUACCAUCUAUGUAGAGGCCCAUUCUCGGACCUUAUCAGAUGAAAAGUACAUCACUUCCAAAAUUAACUUGGUGGAUCUAGCAGGCUCAGAGAGGCUGGGCAAGUCUGGGUCUGAGGGCCGAGUCCUGAAGGAAGCCACUUACAUCAACAAGUCGCUGUCAUUCCUGGAGCAGGCCAUCAUUGCCCUCGGGGACCAGAAGCGGGACCACAUCCCCUUCCGGCAGUGCAAGCUCACUCACGCCCUGAAGGACUCCUUAGGGGGAAACUGUAAUAUGGUUCUCGUGACAAACAUCUAUGGAGAAGCCACCCAGUUAGAAGAAACACUGUCUUCUCUGCGAUUUGCGAGCAGGAUGAAGCUGGUCACCACAGAGCCUGCCAUCAAUGAAAAGUAUGAUGCUGAGCGAAUGGUCAAGAACCUGGAGAAGGAGCUAGCACUGCUGAAGCAGGAGCUGGCCAUCCAUGACAGCUUGGCCAACCGUACCCUCGUGACCUACGACCCCAUGGAUGAAAUUCAGAUUGCUGAGAUCAACUCCCAGGUGCGGAGAUACCUGGAGGGGACGCUGGAUGAGAUCGAUAUAAUCAACCUAAGACAGAUCCAGGAGGUGUUCAACCAGUUCCGCGUGGUUCUGAACCAACAGGAACAGGAAGUGGAGUCUGCUUUGCGCAGAAAGUAUACCCUCAUAGACAAGAAUGACUUUGCAGCCAUUGCUGCUGUCCAGAAGGCGGGGAUUACAGAUGUUGAUGGCCACCUAGUGGGGGAGCCAGACGGACAAGGCUUUGGACUUGGGGUUGCCCCUUUCUCUUCCAAACCUGGGAAGAAAGCUAAGUCCAGGAAGACAUUCAAAGAUCAGGUCAGCUCCUUAACAAGAAAGGAAGGUGUUGGCAGCCCCGUGAGUGGCAAGGACCCGGACGUGAUUUCCACUUCUAAGACCCAGCUCCUUCUGUCCUCCAAGGAUGGGGAUGUCAAAGAAGUGCUUCUGCGAGACUGGGAAACCUCCAGCAUUGAGCCCCUUCCCUCAGACUCCCCAAAGGAGGAAUUACGCCCACUUAGGCCCAGCACCCCACCCCCCAAGCCUGUGGCCUUUGAGGAGUUUAAGAAUGAGCGAGGUAGUGAGAUCAACCGCAUUUUCAAAGAAAACAAAUCCAUUUUGAAUGAACGGAGGAAAAAGGCCAGUGAGACCACACAGCGCAUCAAUGCCAUCAAGCGGGAGAUUGAUGUGACCAAGGAGGCACUGAACUUCCAGAAGUCACUACGGGAGAAGCAAGGCGAGUAUGAAAACAAGGGACUGAUGAUCAUCGACGAGGAAGAAUUCCUGCUGAUUCUGAAGCUCAAAGACCUCAAGAAACAGUACCGCAGCGAGUACCAGGACCUGCGUGACCUCAGAGCUGAGAUCCAGUACUGCCAGCACCUGGUGGAUCAGUGUCGCCACCGUCUGCUCACGGAAUUUGACAUCUGGUACAAUGAGUCCUUUGUCAUCCCUGAGGACAUGCAGGUGGCACUGAAGCCAGGCAGCAGCAUCCGGCCAGGAAUGGUGCCUGCCAGCAGGAUUGUGUCUCUGGGAGAAGAUGACCAGGACAAAUUCAGCCAGCUGCAGCAGAUGAUGCUGCCCGAGGGCCCUGAUUCCAUCUCCUUCUACAAUGCCAAAGUUAAGACAGAACAGAAGCACAAUUACUUGAAAACCAUGAUUGGCCUCCAGCAGACACAUAGAAAAUAGAGUCUCAUCACCAGUACCUUAAAGGAUGAAACCAGCAACUCCAACCUGCUCUAGCAGAACUGCUAAACCACCUACCCAGAGUUCCAGCCACUCUGCUCCAAGGCUGGGACCCAGCCCAGACAGCACAUAAUGGCCUGCCUGCUAGGAGGAACAUCCUCCAAAGGACAGCCUUGGUCAUUGCCACAAAACACUUUUGAUUUUAAUUCACUGUCUUAUAUACAGGGAUAAAAUAACUUUUUAGUUUGGA